AUGAGGGGGAGCGCUGGCAAGCAGGCUGAGGAGGAGCGCUGGCCAAGCCAGGAGGAGAAGCGCCAGGCCAAGCAGGAAAAGGAGGAGCGCCUGGCCAAGCAGGCUGAGGCGGAGCGCCAGGCCAAGCAGGCUGAGGAGGAACGCCAGGCCAAGCAGGCUGAGGAGGAGAAGCGCCAGGCCAAGCAGGCAGAGGAGGAGCGCCUGGCCAAGCAGGCUGAUGAGGAGCGCCAGACCAAGCAGGCAGAGGAGGAGCGCCAGGCUAAGCAGGCUGAGGAAGAGAAGCGCCAGGCCAAGCAGUCUGAGGAGGAGCGCCUGGCCAAGCAGGCUGAGGAGGAGCGCCAGGCCAGGCACGCUGAGGAGGAGAAGCGCCUGGCCAAGCAGGCUGGGGAGGAAAAGGAACGCCAGACCAAGCAGGUUGAGGAUGAGCGCCAUGCCACGCAGACUGCAGAGCAGGGGGAGGAGCGCCUGGCCAAGACGGCUGAGGAUGCGCGCCUGGCCAAUCAUGCUGAGGGGGGGCAGCAUGUCACGCAGGCUGAGGAGGAGCGCCAGGCCAAGCAGGCCGCGGAGGGGCCCCAGGCCAAGCAGGCUGGGGAGGACGAGGAACGCCAGGCCAAGCAGGCUGAGGAUCCUGAGGACGAGCGCCAGGCCAAGCAGGUUGAGGAUGGGCAGCGCAUGGACAAGCAGGCUGAGGAGGAGGAACAGCUCCAGGCCAAGCAGGCUGAGGAGGAGCGCCAGGCCAAGCAGGAAUAUGAGGAGCGCCAGGCCAAGAAGGCUGAGGAGGAGAAGCGCCAGGCCAAGCAGGCAGAGGAGGAGCGCCAGGCCAAGCAGGCGGAGGAGGAGACGCGCCAGGCCAAGCAAGCUGAGGAGCAGCGCCAGGCCAAGCAGGCCGCGGAGGAGCGCCUGGCCAAGCAGGCUGAGGAGGAGCGCCUGGCCAAGCAGGCUGGGGAGGAGCGCAAGGCCAAGCAGGCUGAGGAUGAGGAGCGCCAGGCCAAGCAGGCUGAGGAGGCGAAGCGCCAGGCCAAGCAGGCUGAGGAGGAGAAGCGCCUGGCCAAGCAGGCUGAGGAGGAGCGCCAGAGCCAGGCGACGCUGGCGACCAAGCGCUCUGCCGACGAGAAGGCGAAGGCAGGACCCAAGCAAAAGGCCUUGAAGAAGGCUGGCGAG